AUAUUUAGCGAAAAAAGACGAGCUAGUUUCUUUUCCCCUGCCCAAGUUAAAUACACAUUAUUAUCCCAACGUCUUCAGCAGAUCACGUCGUACGUUUGCAGAGUUUUAUCUUCUUCCACAUAUUUUAUCUUCAUUCACAAGCCAUGAGGCCAAAAAAAAUUUCAGCAGCACUGUGUGUUUUUCUCGUAAUUGCAACAAUAAUAAGUAGUGUUGCUCUCGGCCGCAACUCCUUUUUUUGGGAUCGAACGGUCAAAGACAAGUCAACAGAAUCACAUCAGUUUGAAGUGAUGCCAAUUGUUAGCGCAGCGGGCCCCGAGAGCUUUGCGUUUGAUCCCUUCACCGGUGAAGGUCCUUACACGGGUGUCUCCGAUGGCCGGAUUAUCAAGUGGAAUCAAAGUCUACGCCGCUGGACCAACUUCUCCGUUACUACUACCGGCCGGGAGAGAAAUGGCUGUGAAGGUCCCCAUGAUCACACAGCAACAGAAGACGUAUGUGGACGCCCACUGGGUCUAUGUUGCAAUAAGAAGACAAAUGAUCUUUACAUUGCUGAUGCCUAUAUGGGACUCCAUGUGGUCGGCCCAGAUGGUGGCUUAACUACUCAGCUUACAUCAGAAGCCGAGGGUGUUCCGUUCAAAUUUACCAAUGGUCUGGACAUUGACGAGACAACUGGAGAUGUUUAUUUUACAGAUAGUAGUUCAGUCUAUCCACGCAGGAAUCACUCCUUAGUGGUACUCACGGGAGAUAAAACAGGUAGAUUACUGAAAUACAACAUUCACACCAAGGAAACAACAGUGAUUCUCAAGAACCUUUAUUUUCCGAAUGGAGUCGCAUUGUCCAAAAACAAAGACUUCCUCAUUUUUGCUGAGACCACUACAUGUAGAGUUCUUAGACUCUGGCUUCAACCAUCAGAAAAGGCUGGAAAACUUGAAUUAUUUACAGAACUUCCGGGAUAUCCAGACAACAUUAAAAUGAACGCUAAUGGAGAGUUUUGGGUGGCACUUUGGUCUAAAAAAGUACCGGAUUUUUCAGCAUGGCUUCCCUCGAGUUCAAGGAUCAUGAGAAAUGCUGUUCGAAUGGUUACCUAUAAAGUAACACAGUUGCUUUUAUAUUUAUCAGGCAUCAAGGGGUCUGGUGUGGCAGUAAAAUUAAGCGAGAAUGGCGAAAUAAUACAAAUAUAUGAGGACAAACUUGGAAAGGUUUGGAAAUAUGCAAGUGAAGUGCAGGAACGAAAUGGAUAUCUGAUGAUUGGAUCUGUAGUCAUGCCCUAUGCAGUUGCAAUGAAGAAUUAAUUGCAAAUUAUGUUUCAUUAGUAGUCAUGCGCCUGCGCAGUGGAAAUAAAAUUGCAGGUUGCGAUUAGUUUUAGUAAUUGUAUUGUAUUGGAUCCAACAAUUUUAAGAGUUUCAGACUAGUACAAUAUUAUUUAGAAUAAUUAUCUAUUUUCAGUUUAUUUA